UGAAUUCAAUUAAUCUGGGACUGAAAUCGGACAUAUGGACGUCUUUUUGUGCAUCAAGGAUGAGUUUGUGAAACAGUCAUUAACAAAAAGAAGAAUAACUGGCUAUCACAGAAAUAUCAACUGAUAUGUGGGGAUCAUCCCCAGACUCUGGACUUUAAACUUAAACGGCAACAAACACACAGACGGACGGAGCGAUCACUUCAGCUGUGGACCCACAGACCCAGCCUGACGCACGGAGACGGACAGAAGGACAGACAGUCUGAUGCCAACUGUCUCCACUGUCAAUCUCACGGCACCACUCCUCCUCCUGUUGCUAUGGGCAACCCACCCCACCAUGGCAACCAAUUGGCUCUCCCUGGCGAGGCUGCCCCGCUCCCGGCCUGUGUCUGGUGCUGCCCCAUGUGCACGGCUGAGGGGGCUGACCCCAGGCCAGGUGGGGGUGUGCAGAGCACGGGGGGAGGUCAUGGAGUCUGUACGCAAGGCAGCAGAGAUGGUCAUAGAAGAGUGCCAGCACCAGUUCAGGAAUCGCCGCUGGAAUUGUUCCACCACCCCACGUGGGAUCAAUGUAUUUGGCAGAGUGAUGAACCAAGGCACUCGUGAGGCAGCCUUUGUGCACGCUCUGUCCUCAGCAGCUGUGGCGGUUGCGGUGACCCGAGCCUGCACCCGCGGGGAGCUGGAGAGGUGUGGCUGUGACAGGAAGGUCAGGGGGGUCAGCCCGGAGGGUUUCCAGUGGUCAGGGUGCAGUGACAACCUGUCCUAUGGUGUGGCUUUCUCUCAGACAUUUGUGGAUGAACCGGAGCGAGCCAAGGGGCUGUCAGCAGGCCGGCCGCUCAUGAACCUCCACAACAACGAGGCCGGUCGAAAGGCUAUCCUUCAUAACAUGCAGGUUGAGUGUAAAUGUCACGGUGUGUCUGGGUCCUGUGAGCUGAGGACCUGCUGGAAGGUCAUGCCUCCAUUCAGGCGUGUGGGCGUUGUGCUCAAGGAACGUUUUGAUGGAGCCACAGAGGUCCGCCUGACACGUAUUGGCUCCAGGACGGCCUUGCUCCCCCGAGAUUCACAGGUCAAACCCCCUGCUGCCAGAGAUCUUGUGUAUCUUGCACCCUCCCCAGAUUUCUGCCGUCUCGACCCUGAAAAUGGUAUUCCUGGGACUGCAGGUAGAAGAUGUAACGGAACGUCUCGGCUGGCACCAGAUGGUUGCGAGCUGGUGUGUUGCGGGCCAGGCUACAAAGCAGGCCGGGCUGAGGUGGUGCAGCGCUGCUCCUGCAAGUUUUCCUGGUGCUGCUCGGUGCGUUGCCAGCAGUGCAAGAAUACGGUCACCAUUCACACCUGUAGAGUGUAAGAAGUCCUAACAAGGCCUGACCAAGUGAGCCCAGAUCCUAACCAACCACCAGACAGACACCGCUGGACACAACGCGGGUUAACUUUGACACCAAAUUAUCGUAAUUAUUGUCCAAAGCAGCCUUUCUUUGUCCACGUUUUCCCUUAGAGAAGUGAAACUGCAGUUUGGUUUGAUUGUUUUCUUGUAAAAGCUGCAAAAUUAGAACUAAUGUAAAGACAAAGCUCCAUCAGGAAGUACAAAAAAAGUCUGCUCAGCUUUUAAACUGUUCAAAACAUUAAGACAGACAAACUGACAGGCACAGACAUGCAUACAGGUGUAGGCAUGAACACACACAAACACAGCAGUUAAUCACACGCUGAACUGACAAAGCUUUUAAAGCAGAGCUUAACCAGAACUAACUCUCAAACACUGAAGAUUUCUUUUAUGUUGUAUUCUGUUGUAGGCUAGCACGUCUUUGGACUUGUACUGUAUUUAUGUCUUGUUUUUGAUUCUGGUUUAUUUAUUUGUAUAUCAGAGUCUUUGCUGCACUUACAUCUUGUGUUUUUGUCCCUCGUCCUUGUAUGAAACUGUUCUGUUUCCUGCACAAUCAGUGCGUUUAGGUCUUUUUG